GGGUGACGUUGCAGCGGGCCUCGUCGGCGUGGCUUUCAUUCUCCUCCUCUUUGGACCACAGGUCUUGUACCCUGGCAGCGUGGGAUCAUUGGCAGAACGCUGCUUACGCGCCCCCGUUCUUAAUUGCCGCUGUCCUCUUGUCAUGUGUAGAUAACAUUGUUCCUUUGUUCUCCCGAGUACUAGCACGGUGGCCGUGGGAGUCGCUAAUCCGCCAUCAACGAUAUGUCCUCCGCAACCCCCCGGAAGUCGAUUGACAGCUUGGCCUCAGGCGCUUCGACCCCGUCCUUGUCUCAGUUUUCAUUGAGCCAGAUCGAGUCUCCCCGAGCGUCAACUCAGAGGUUUCCCUUAAGGAGAGGGUCAACGGCGAGCUCGAUUGCCAGUAUUGGGGGGAUUCUGGAUCCUUCCUACCGCCAUGGAUCGAUAGCUGAGUCCGGACAAAAUGCAAUCUCUACCCUCCUGCAGCCUCCGAUUGUCCGCACCGGUCUUGUUCCCCAUACCGCCGUCCCCUCCGCCGGAUAUAAGCCCCCGACUACUCGCGAUAUCCCUCCCGUCACCCUGACAAAUAUUCCCCACGUGGAUCCCGAAGCAUUCGAGGCGUAUCUAUCGCAGGUCGGAUCAUUGUACGAUGUCUUUCAACAAGCAAAAGAAAGCACUGGGGAUCAGGAUUCACAGCUAGCGCGGGGACGCGACAAUCUUUCUCCCAAGACAGAGGACUCGGACUCGUUGGUUCCAAGGUCCCGGGAAAGGCGACCCUCGGCGAUAUCAACCAGUUCCCGAGCAAGUUCUCCGUACGAUACUCGGGGUAGGAAAAGGUCAUAUGCUGGUCGCGGUCGCGGACAUGCAGUUACACCUCUAUCUACAAUCCCUACGGUCUACUUUGAGGACGACUUCCACCUAGAGAACCCCCGGACCUUUGAUGUUGUGUCGGAAAAGUCUGAGAUUGUGACACCAUCGAAGGAUAAAGCCGAGAAUGGCGCUGCUCUGGAGCCGGCUCCUACGGGUAGAAAGGCCCUAGCUACAAAUGCUAUUCUGCAGGAGAAGCUUUCAUGGUACAUGGACACUGUAGAAAUUCACCUUAUUUCGUCGAUCUCGACUGCGUCGAAGUCUUUUUUUACCGCACUGGGGUCACUGCGUGAGCUGCAUGCAGAGGCUGCUGAUUCGGUGAAGCGGAUCCAGAUCUUGCGGAAGGACCUGCAGAAAAUCGACCGAGAAAUGGCACUUGGUGGUCUCAAGAUUGUCAAUCUGCGACGUCGGAGGGAGAAUGUGCGCAUGCUCGCCGAUGCAGUAUCGCAACUUCGUGACGUCGUUCAAUCUGUCUCUCGAUGCGAGGAACUAGUCGAGACCGGCAAGAUCGAGGAGGCCGCGGAUGGUUUAGAAGAGGUGGAGAGACUGAUGGCCGGAGAAUAUACCCCUGGUCCUACCGACGGAAAGGAGCCGCAGGAUCAACCGAGGAAGGCUAUCGAUUUGCGCAGGCUCAAAGCACUGGAAGGCGCUUCUGAUGACCUAGCUCACCUAAGGUACCGCAUAGGCACAGGUUAUGAAAGCCGUUUCUUGAGCGAUUUACUGGGCGAUCUGAGGCAGCAUAUCGAGAACAUGCCUUUGGAUGCAACAUUGCAACGCUGGGGAUCUGCGUUUCAGCGUCAGCGUGGAGCACAGCGCUCAGGCGCUAUGCAACCCCCGGCAUAUAUGGCUUUUGAUGACCAGUUACGGUCCAGGUUGCACCUACAUCUCACCGGCCUUGCUCGUGUCCGCCACACGACACCUGCAGCAACCGCCUUCAAGACUGCGGUGCUGCGAGAGAUGAAGAGUCUGAUUCGCAAACACAUGCCAAGUUCCAGUGACGAUGAUAACGAGUCGGUGGUAUCGAUAUCGACCCAAAAGUCCCAGCAGCUCAGUCAGCAAGAGAAGUCCUCGAUCCUGGCGCGGAAUCUCCGUGCCUUGGACGCUCAGGAUUCAUACAACAUGCUCGCACGGGUAUACACUGGUAUCAGCGAGUCUCUCCGGAGGCUUAGUGUUCAAGUCAAAGUCCUUCUUGAUAUUGCGAGUGGGCUGGAGAAUCCAACCCCGAUCGGGGUGAAGUCUGGUCCUCCAAGCCCGAAUCCACAAGGUCCAGGCAAGGCUUCAACCCCGGGGCCUACAACCAUUGUGGCACAAGAUGAGAUACUGCAGGUCUUGGAUAUGUCGAGCCUUCUUGGUCAAGCCGUCGAUAUUGCCCAAUCCCAGGUUACCAAGGUGUUGAAGGUUCGAUCAGAACAGACGUCUCAGCUUCAAAAAGAGGAUUUCCUCAAGUACUUCACUCUCAAUCGGCUCUUUGCUGAUGAGUGCGAGGCUAUCUCGGGGCGAAGUGGUACUGCGUUGAAGACCGUUGUAGGCAACCAGAUCCGCGAUUACAUCAAUCGAUUUGGAGAUGGGCAACGGCGUCGUGUAGUCGAGGUAAUGGACGCCGACCGAUGGGAUGCGAGGGACUUUGGAGAAGCCGACAAUGCUAUCCUAGACCGCAUCCUGGGUGCAAGCACCAGAGACAUUGACGUCUGGGUAGACGCAUCGAAGAUAUGGCUGUCCCAGGAUGAACGCCGACAACCAUCACCGGCAAACACUACAGUUGUCAAUGGCUCUGGCAAGGAGAAGUUGCGCAGUGCCAUGAUCGACGAGCAGAAGUAUAUUCUUUCUGAAUCAGCUGUGGCAAUGAUGAAAAGUAUUGAGGAAUAUCAAUUCAUCAUGGCGAAUAUACCCAGCAUGAUGCAGGACAUUGCGCCUGGUCUGUUGGAGUCCCUGAAGCUAUUCAACUCACGUUCCUCCCAACUGAUUCUUGGUGCUGGAGCAACAAGGAGUGCGGGACUCAAGAAUAUCACUACUAAGCACCUGGCCCUGUCGUCCCAGGCGCUGAGCUUUGUCAUUGCCCUGGUUCCCUAUAUCCGAGAGUUUGUUCGUCGUCAUGCACCGUCCAGCCCGCUGAUGGGAGAGUUUGAUAAGGUGAAGCGGCUUUACCAAGAGCAUCAGUCCGGAAUUCAUGAGAAACUUGUGGACAUAAUGGGAUCUCGAUCGUCUAUCCAUGUCAAUGCCAUGAAAAAGAUUGACUGGAAUGCGCCCGCAGGGGGUAGUGGUGUGAGUCCAUACAUGGAAACUCUGACGAAGGAAACGGGCACACUGCAUCGGGUGCUAAGCAAGCAUCUUCCCGACAUGACGGUUAUGAUGAUCAUGGAUCCUGUGUUCAGCAGCUAUCGAGAGCAGUGGACGAAGGCAUUCGAAGAGGUUACCGUAACUUCAGAUGCUGGCAAGCAACGACUGCAACGAGAUGCGGAGUAUCUUCAAACGAAGCUGAGCAAGAUCGACGGCUUUGGCGAUCUGGGCCAGCGUCUACUCGAAUUGGUAAACCAAAAGAAGAUCACCACCGAAUCCAAGGCUUCUUCCACGGACUCCUCUCGAAAGUCGUCUUCUGAUGCAAACGGCGCGUCGAAGAAUCAAUCCUAACAGAGGCAAUCGAUCCGUGUUUGGGCCUUGACGGUCUUGUGUAUAACUAGUGUGAAUCGCCUCGUAGACCUCCUAUACCACAUGGUACAGGACUGUACAGUCAUUCCCAACCUUUCUGUUCAUUGUCCGGCGCACUCGAAGAGCGUAGCCUACACACACAUACAUAUAUAGAUCUAAUAAGAAUUUCAC